UGUUUUUCUCUUGUUGCCGUUAAGUGACAUGUCACGGAAACCCAAAGAUGAAUACUACCGUUUUUUUACCGUUACAGAGCCACGCACACACGAGAAGGGACACACCGAAUACAAGGUGUCAGCAAGGUUUGUGUCCAAGCGUCAUCCGGAAGAUGUGAAAGAGGUGGUUGUGUGGAGGAGGUUCUCAGAGCUGAAGAAGCUCCAUGGGGAGUUGGCCUACACUCACAGGAACCUGUUCAGAAGACAGGAAGAGUUUCCAUCUUUUCCCCGCGCACAAGUCUUUGGAAGGUUUGAUGAGGCUGUGAUUGAAGAGAGGAGGAAUGCUGCAGAGGUCAUGCUUCUAUUUACUACCAGCAUACCUGCACUCUACAAUAGCCCGCAGCUAAAGGACUUUUUCAGAGGUGGUGAGGUGACAAGGCCUCUGGAUACCACCCCUCUGUCUUCUGCUGGGCUCCUGCCCCCACCUCUCAUCCCCCUUCCUAAGCGCAGGGCGUCAGACUGUGAACCAGCAGAGGAAGAGGAGGGAAGGGAGGCCCCCACCUUACCCCAAGACCUGGGUAUCAACCUGGGCUUAGACGAGGGAGAACCGGAGGUGGCGGCUGAGGCUUACAGCGAGAUGGGAGGCUCUCCGGGAGAAGGACAAGAACAAGAGGAGCUUAGCGACACAGAGCUGGAUGACAGAGCUUUGUCUCCUGACCCUUGCCCAGCCAGAAACCACCAAUCACGAGAGUCCCAGGAAGAAUUUGAUUCACUGUUUGACUCUGUGGCAGAAGAGCAAGUUCCCUCCUCCAAAGAGGAAGGUCCACCUCCUCUGACUGAUAAUGACUUGGCUGUCUUUGAUCCCUGCUAUAAACAAGAUAAAUCUAAUUCUUCCAGUGACCACUCAGAAUUGUUCUCACUGCCUCCAGCCAGUCUGACAGGAGGGGACGUGGGUUACUUAAACCAAGCUGCCACUGAGCUAACAGCUGCAGUGAAGAGGGAGAAGGAAGGAGAAUUUAGUUCUGCCAUUCGUGCAUACAGGACGGCGGUGGAUAUCCUGAUCACUGGAGUACAGGGAGACCCAGAUCCAAUUCGCAGGGAGUCUGUGAUGAGAAGGACAGCCCAGUAUCUGAAGCACACUGAGAUGUUGGUUGACAGGCACUCCUCGCCCACACACACUCACACACUGACACACACACAUACACAAGACCCUUAGAUGCACACUUUUUAUGUAUACACUGUUCACACACACAUGAAGACAGAUCAAAGACAAAGAAACUCAGGGUUGUGACACACACACACACACACACACACACACACACUCAUAGGCAUACUUAAACAAAUGCACAGUUAUACACAGUAUGUAUGUUGACAUACAGUUAUAACAAAAACUCAUUUAAACCAUUCAAAAAUACAUUCAGGACACCCUCCCGAGGUACCCACUACACUGCAGACUGCUACUUUUCUAUCUUUGUGUAGGGAAAAAUCUGUAAUUUACUAAAUAUAAUUA